AUGUUAACAUAUAUUCGUAGCACGUGUUUACUUAUGUUGUUAUAUCUUACUCAAACCAAUGGUUUGAAUGUUCUAGUUAUUAGCUUGGGUCUUGGAGGCCACGUAACACCCUUAUUUGAACUAGCAAAAGCUAUGCAAAAUCAUAAUGUAACAUUUCUUACUGGUAAACUGGCUCAAUCCUAUAUAAAUUUCGAUGGUUUCACUUCGUCUUCUUUUCGCGUUAUUUAUUCGAAUGAUUCAUCCAAUGCACUUUUGGUAGAAAGGAGUCGAGAACAAGAACUACUAUCCGUAGUUGCCACUCGAUCAAUUUUGGAUUGCAUGCCAAUUAUAUUAACAGCAUUCGCCGAUAUGAUCUCACCGAUUCUGAACAAGACUAUUCACACACUCAUGAACGAACGCUUCGACGUGAUCGUGUCUAGUACAGUGAUUGUUGGUGUGCCUAUUUUAUGCGAAAAAAUGAGCAUACCUUGCGUCAUUCACAACCCGGGUGCAUUUCCCAGUAUCCUCGACUUCAAUUUACCCAAUAUUUUUUCAUUGACAACAACAAAAGAUUUAACUCAACUUUCAUCUCGUCUUUACAAUGUUGCUUUUACUCUACGAAUGACAAUAAGACUAUUGCCUAAAAUAGUACCUGUCCUGUAUUCACUUAUUCCGUCUCUUCCACGAGUACCAGGACCUUUUUACGAUACUUUCACAGUACGAAGUUUACUUUUUUCGAAAACAAAAUGCUUACAUCUGAUCAGUAUGCCCAUGAGAUUCUUUGUACCCAACUAUUCAAACUAUUAUUUGAAAUAUUUGGGUGCCUUUAUGGAUGUGACACGUAUUGAUGGUCAAGACACGGAUCUUAAUCGAUGGGUGAAAUCCAAACCGUCAAAAUCGAUUAUAUAUGGAGCUUUCGGUAGUACUUCGUUGAUUACUUAUAAUCGAAUGCGCAACUUGAUAAUUGGACUAGCAGAUUUUCUUUUACAAACGAAUGACACUGUACUUUUAUUAGCACUUCGUAGUACUAAUUUCAAUAUGUAUCAAGUAGUUGUGAAAGAUUUGUAUGAUGAUGAAUUGAGAAGUAUUUUGCAUGACAAAUAUCGAGUACGUAUUGAAGAAGGCUUUGUUCAACAAAAAUGGAUUCUACAACAAGAUUCUGUGAAAAUCUUCUUGAGUCAUUGUGGUAUGGGUUCAUUAGUAGAAUCGCUUUACUUUGGAAAGCCGGUUGUGUGCAUGCCUUUCAAUAUGGAACAAUUUGCCAAUGCAAUUACGGUAGUGAAUUUGGACGUUGGAAAAUCAUUAUUCAUUCCGCCGUCACCUUGGAGAUCUUUGAUAAAUCCAUAUAAUUUUGUUAACUACACAUUUAUAUCCGCUAGUGUUACAAACAAUGUGAUGGCAUUGUGGAUGAAUGAAACACAUGAAAAAGCUGUCAUGUUCAUGUCAUUGGAAAUGAAAUAUGCCGGUGGUACCAAACGUGCUGUUCAGGAAAUUGAGUUUUUCGUCGCACUAAACGGUGAUCUCGAUCGCUUCGCGCCAUUUCACAGUACAUUACCACUCUAUCAACGAUGCAUGCUCGAUCUCUUGCUCAUAUGUGUUGUACUACCGAUAACAAUGCUAUUAUUUCUUAUACGUCGAUGUUGCAAAAAUUCACCUAAACAAAAACGCGAUUGA